AUGCCAAACGAAAUCAAGGACAUCUACACGAUCGACGAGAAGUCGUUCCCCUACAUUGUCGAGCAGAAUGCGACGGUGCAAUUGAAGUCGAGCGAGGGCCUGUGCCGCGUGAACGUCUACCGUCCCAAGGGCUCAGAAAAGGUUCCGGUGCUGGUGACGUACGGGCCGUAUGGCAAGGACAUCCACUACAAAGACUUCCACGCCAAGUCGUACUCCGAAGUCAACCCCGAGCACCACUCCGACCAUUCUGCCUGGGAAACACCCGACCCCAAGUUCUGGACGAGCCAUGGCUAUGCGGUGGUGCGCGCCGACGAGCGCGGCCUGGGACAGUCGCCCGGUCUGCUCGACACCAUGUCGCGCGGCACGAGCGAGGCCUUCUUCGACGUCGUCGAGUGGGCUGCUGAGCAGCCGUGGUCGUCGGGCAAGGUGGGCUUGCUGGGCAUUUCCUACUACGCCGGGUCGCAGUGGCGCGUAGCAGCGCGCAAACCCAAGGGCUUGUCGGCCAUCGUGCCGUGGGAGGGCAUGUCGGACUACUACCGCGACCGCUGCAGGCACGGCGGUAUCCUGUCGAACGGCUUUAUCAAGUUCUGGUGGGACCGCCAGGUCAUCACCAACCAGUAUGGACGGCCUGGACGCGCGGCACGGAACUGGGGUCCGGAUACCAUCGAAGGUGACCUUGGAGAGGAGGAGCUGGCAAAGAAUCGCCGGGACCAGAACAUCGACAAUGCGGAGAACACUUAUCGCGACGAUCUAUACUACGCCUCCAAGGAGUACGACAUGGCAGACAUCGAGGUGCCGCUGCUCUCGGUUGGUAACUGGGGAGGCAUCUUGCUGCAUCUCCGCGGCAACGUUGAAGGCUUCGUAAACGCUGGCUCUGAGUUCAAGUACCUCCGCAUGAUUACUGGUCGCCACGACCUGCCCUUCUACUACACCGAGGAGGUCGAGGUGCAGCGCAGCUUCCUGGACGCCUUCCUCAAGGGCGAGGACCGCGUUGGCUGGUCCGUCAAGGGCAAAGUACCACCCGUCGACAUCGUCCUUCGCAAGGGCGACGUCGGCUUCAACGAUGCCAAAGCCGAGAAAGCCUACCCGCGCCGCACGGAAAACGAGUGGCCCAUCGCCCGCACCAAGUGGACGAACUUCUACCUGACAUCCGACCAGCAGCUGACGCGCGUGGAACCACUCCACACGCCGCCCAAGAAGCUGUCCUACCGCGCGCUCGGCACCAUCGACAACCCAUCGCUCGUACAGUUCACCACGCCGCCCUUCGAAGAGGAGACAGAGAUCACAGGCAACGUGCUCGCGCACCUCAACGUCUCGGUCAGCGCCGACGCGACGGGGCCGACGCCCUCGGACAUCGACCUGUUCGUGACGCUGCGCCACCUGUCGCCCGCCGGCACCGAGGUCUUCUACACGGGCACGGCUGGCGACCCCGUCCCGCUGACCAAGGGCUGGCUGCGCGUCUCGCUGCGCAAGACCAACCCGGACCACCCCAAGCAUCGCCCCUACCUGCCGUGGCGCGAGUACCUCAGCACCGACCGCCAGCCCGUCAUCCCCGGCGAGGUCUACGGCGUCGACGUCGAGGUCUGGCCCACCAACGUCGUCGUCGAGAAGGGCGGCCGCCUCGUCUUCGAGGUCGCCAGCGGCGACACGCAGGGCAGCGGCAUCUUCACGCACGCUCAUCCCGUCGAUCGCAGCGAGGAGAAGCUCAGGGGCGUCAACCACAUCGUGUUUGGACCCAAGUUUAGCAAUUAUGUCACCCUGCCCAUCAUUCCGCCCAGGUUUGGUGCGUGA